CUUUAUUAGAUCUCAAUGAUUCAUCAUGGCUAAAAUAUGGAGAGGCCGGUUACCGCCAUUAAUGAGAGAAGCACUGGCUGAGUUCAUGGCAACAUUUAUCUUAGUGUCCUUUGGCCUUGGCUCCGUAGCUCAAUUUACUCUGAGUCGCAGUCAACUUGGAACCUUCUUCUCGGUAAAUUUCAGCUGGGGAGUUGCAGUCACGAUGGGUUGUUACUGGGCUGGGGGAAUAUCAGGUGCACAUAUGAAUCCCGCUGUGACCCUGGCCCUUGCUGUGGUGCGGCGAUUGAAGUGGACCAAAGUUCCUGCAUACUGCCUCGCUCAGCUGCUUGGAGCCUUCUUUGCGUCAACUGUUGUUUACGGAAUUUACCGUGAUGCUCUUGACGCAUUCGACGGUGGUAUUCGUCAAGUGACAGGCCCCAACGCUACCGCAGGGGUCUUUGCAACGUAUCCAAAGCCUUUCGUGACGACUGCAAAUGGAUUUGCUGACCAGUUUUUUGGCACCGCUCUCCUUGUCAGCUGCAUAUUCGCUAUCCUGGACCGCAACAACAAUGCCCCCGACCAGGGAGUGGCACCGGUCAUGAUUGGUCUGGUCGUGUUUGUGAUUGGCACCACUUUUGGAUUAAACUGCGGUUACCCCAUCAACCCCGCUAGGGAUCUGGGGCCAAGAAUUUUCACUGCAAUGGCUGGAUGGGGAUCUGAAGUUUUUACGGCAUAUAAUAAUUGGGCCUGGGUCCCAGUCAUAGCAUGUCCGUUAGGGGGAGUACUGGGUGCCAUUGUCUACAUCAUAACCAUUGAGUUUCAUCACUCAGCAUCUGCAGAUACAGAACAUCCCUAUGAACCAAUUUGUACAGCAGCCGCCAGGACAGAGCAGAAUGAAUCACUUUUAUCCUGAACAACAAUGACUUAGCAAGAUGGUUUAUCUUCAUGACUAACUAUAUAACUAUUUAUGACAUAUUAUCUCGUGUUCUCCCAACAUCCCACGUGGUUUAUCGGCCGGUAAACCGAUAGAAAGUGUGGUUAAAUAACAUUUAAAUAAUAUAUGUAUACUCUUCGCAUAGUCUAAUAUCUCAAAGUUAUACACCGAAGGCUCAGAGCAUUUUGUUGAUUAUAACCCACACAUUAAUACCCAGAAUAAUUCUAUUCUGUUAGCCUCUUAACGUCACGUGGUUCAAAAUCACCGGACAAGUAUUACGCAACAGCCCCCAUCCAAGUCAAUAUUUGAACUCCUCCUAUUACCAUAAAAACAACAACAACAACAACGAAAACGAAAACGAAAAACAAAAAACAGAACUUGCGGAAAAAAAAAAGACUCAAGAGUUCCACUUUUUCAUCUUUAUUACUUUACAUGGAAGGGAAAAGAACUCGUUUUGUAGAUUCCA